UCACCAGAGUUGUUCUUCAAUCGUCGCCAUUUCCUGCGUAGCUUCUUCACUGUCGCGCCGGAGAGGAAGAGAGGAAUACAAUAUAAUCGGUGUGUGUUAUUGGCAUGGUUUCUAUGAGUAGUUGGAUGUUAUCCGCGAAGGUAGUUUUGAUUUCCGCUGGAGUUGCGUCGGUAGCAAUGGGAUUAAAGGUUUCUGUUCCGGUCGCCGUGGAUGGAAUUCCGGCGCUGUGGUCUGUUGUUCUCUCGUGGAUGAAGCCUCCUUAUUUGUACAUAAUCAUCAAUGGCAUUAUUAUCACCAUCGCCGCGUCCUCGCGCUUCCACCGGAGCCAAUCGGAAGCGCCGGCCGGCCGAUCGGAGAGGCUUGUUUCUGUUAAAACUCCGCCUUCGUCAAGUUUUGCGUCGUUCUCGUCACAGCAGUAUAUUAACAGCAGUAGUGUCGAGGAAUCGACGGUGGUGGAUGAGGUUGUGGUGUCGGAGAUUGAAGAGAUUGUUGAUGAAUUGAAAUCUAUAGCGCCGAGCAGUGUGAAGGCUGACUCAGAAGCGAACGAGGAAAUUGUGAUUGAAGCUGAAUCCGACGAUGUAGUUGUAGAUUCCUUGACUGAGGAGAAAAUCUCCGGAAAUUUUCAGUUCGAAUCUCUGUUGCGAGCUCGAGAGAAACCUCUGGUAUCUUCGAGAUUUGCACACCGGAAGCCGAUUAGAAACAAUCCUGAAGUUUCUAGCGCGAGGGCUCUGAGAGUGGCUCGGCCGAAGAAGCAGGAGACGCUGGAGAGCACGUGGAAGAUGAUAACAGAAGGGCGUCACGUGCCGCUCACGAGGCACAUAAAAAAGCCGGACGCCUGGGAUCAGGAGCCGUUGAAGGAGCGCAGCCGCUACAUCAAUCCAACGUCAAGGAUCAUAAAGGAAACAUCGCUGGGUCAAGACGAGUUGAACCGGCGAGUUGAGGCAUUCAUAAAGAAAUUCAACGAUGAAAUGAGGAUGCAGCGGCAGGAAUCCCUCAAUCAAUUCAUGGAGAUGAUCAACCGUGGAGCCUAGCUAACCCAGGCCAGUAUUUUCAAUUAUUUUUAAUUCCAUUUAUUUUCUGUAAAUUAUAUAUAUUCAAAUUAAAGGCAUGCAAUUAAGACACUAGAAAAAUCAAAGAUAGAGAACUACUGAUUAGCAAAAAAACAGAGACAAAAUUGAAGACGUUUUGUUAUUUCAAAAUUAAUUUUGAACAUGUGAUUAUAGGUCGAUGUAAUGAUUGUUUGGUGGCUGGUCGGCAUAGGUCUGAUGAUCCUAACGUUUCUAGGGGUCAAAAAUGUUGAGGAUUUAGAGUGUUGACUAUGUAGAAUUUAUUAAUGUGUGUCGAGAUUUGCUUUGCGGAAUGUAGGCGCUAUUGCCAUUUGCCAGCAGCUGCAGCAUAUUUCAAAUAUCCCACGCAAUCAUAAUUAGAGUUUGACUUGAAUUUGAGUCAAUUUGUGUGAAUUA